GAUUAUAUUCAACUUUAAUAGUAAUUAAAUAUUAAUACCAUUUUUUCAUUUUUAUAAUUUUUUUACAUACUUUCAAAAUAUAUUAUUUUUUAUAUAAUAUAAAAGAAGAUUAUUAAUGUUUCAUAUUAUAGAACAUAUAUAUUUAUUCUCUUCUUUCAUUUUUAUUUGUGAUAUAAUGUACGAAUUCUGUAUAAAAUAAAUUAUCUCCAAUGUCACAAGCAUAUUUUCAUGGUUUAAAAUCAUUUUUGUGAUAGAAUAUUUAAAAAAAAAAGAGUUCGAUUGAUAUAUGAACGAAACGAGGGGCGUCAUCUAGUUUUCGAUAAUGAUCGUGUGAUAAAAAAAAAUUCAAGUGAAUAGCCAAAAUUAAAAUUAUAGUUCAUUGAAACACGGACUAUUGGUCUUUUCGUUUUGAAAAUGAAGAAAUUAAUUAUUUUUGCUUUUUUGAUAUUUAUUUUAAAAUUGCGUAUAAUUAAGCAUGUGGGGGCAAUUGAUAUUCGUAAAUGUCCACCGAAUAAAUCGUCCGCAACUGUGAGUUCACGAUUGAAGAAUCAACUUUUUUGUUCUUACGAUUCAAAUGAGAGGCCUGUUGAACGGAAGAAAAGUCUUCAAGCAUUUAUACAAAUGAUACCGAAAUUUAUGGAAUUUGAAAGUAGCAGUAGUAGCUUCACUCUUCAUUUCUGGUUAAAAUUGACAUGGAACGAUGCGCAUUUAACGUGGAAUCUUGCAGAAUUUGAAAAAUUGGAUACACUUUACGUUUUGAGUACCGAUAUCUGGAAACCCGAUUUGAUGAUAAUUAACACAGCUGAACAUUUUGAGCUUCCUACAACGACUUGCUUGCUGAAAAAUACUGGAAAUGUUACCUGUGUCAUUCCCACCAAGAUUUCAGUUUCCUGUGCCUCGGAUUUCACUUACUGGCCAUAUGAUGAACAAAAAUGUAAAAUUCGCACCGGUUCCAAUACUUAUUAUAGUCACGAGGUCGACUUUGAUUUUCUACAACCUCCUAUUUUGAUGGAAGAUUAUAUAGAGAACCACGAUUGGAUUAUGAAAGGACAAGAAGCUAGGAAAAUAAUUAUUAAUACUCUGACGAUAAAUUACACGCAAAUUGGAUUUGAAUUUCAUUUAAAGAGGCACUCGAGAAUGUCACAUUCGUUGUAUAUUACUCCAGCAACUAUCUUCUUGACGUUCACACUAACAGUUCUGUGGUUGGAUUCAACAUCGAUAGAAAGAAUGGUUCUGGCAGGUGUAAAUUUUGCUGGCCACCUUUACUGUAUUUACGAUUUACAUUGGAUGGUGCCAUUAAAUGGAUUUACUAUUCCUCACAUAAUUAUUUUUUAUCGAGAUUCAUUAAUUCUGGCAGCGUUUGCAUUAAUAAUAACGAUAGUGUUUCGAAAAAUGCAAAAAAUCACCGCAACAGCACCAAAAUGGAUUGUCUGCAUUGUAAAUUGUCGACUUCUUCAAUUUUUCGUGACAACUGCCGAAAAAUCAAAAGGAUCCUACGAAUUGGAGGAAGAAAGUGAUAACAUCGAAUCAAUUCAAUCGACAUCCGAAAUGAGUAACGAAAAAAUAUGGUCUGGAUUUGCUAAACUCCUGGAAUGGUUAUCAUUCAUUAGUAUUUCUCUUACUUAUUUUAUUUUAUUAAUUACUCUCGUACUAUAAUGAGAAAAUUUUCAAUUUUCCGCAAGUGUAGAAUUUUUUUUUUCAUUCCUUUUUUUAUUCUACCUUCUAUUCUAUCUUUUUAUCUAG